AUCCGAAAUAUCGCUCUUUUACAAUUAAGAAAUUCCCACACAAAAGAAAAACGCGAUUUGAAUAUUAAGACCACUAAAAGAGAGAGUUGCCGAUUAUGACUAAUUAACAGUCGAUCCACUUAAGAAGACCGUUUAGUUUAAACAAAACAGCGGGCGGAAUCGGUACAAUGCAUUUAAAACUGCUGAUAAUCACCCUCAUAGCGUACAACUCCAAUUGCGUUUACCUAAACUCAUCAAAACCAACAGAAAAUAAUCCAGCGAAAUGGACUGAAAGUGAAAUAUGGGGUCCAAUUUUCGAGGAUUGGAUUUUAACAAAAAAUCGCCGAUCUAGUCGUGUUACUCAUUUGAUUCCCAUUCAAAGCGUUUACGAAAAUGAUACAAGUAUCAUUGAUAGAUCAGACGAAGAAAAGGAAAGUAAAAUUGCGUCAAACUUGAAGAUUGUCAAUUCUAAUCCCGUACGUAAUAAACCCCCACAGAGGCAGGUCACCGAAACUGAAAUGUACCUGCUGAACGCAAUCGAGAAGAUGGUUUACAAAGUCGAUUUUAUGGAAAAACGGUUGAGGCGCGUAGAGCAAAUGCUUUACUUUGUAAUGGCUGGGAACAAAGUGGAUCAAGAACCCUGCGCUGACAAUUUUAAUAGAGCAGGACAGAAUUGCUACCUGUUCGCUGGAACAGCAGGACGGGAAUUAGACUGGAAGGCUGCCAGUAAACAAUGCAACAAGUAUGGGGCGGCGCUAGCCGAAAUGGAAACCAUCGAGGAAAAUCAGGAUGUCAUCAGUUACAUUCAAAGUCAGGACCAUUUGCGAGGUCGAGAGUAUUGGACGGGAGGUUUGAAUCCGGGAUUGCUGUGGAUUUGGAGUAACAGUGCCAGACCAAUUAAAACCCCAACCGCUCCCAAUAAACAGGACGCGGAUCCAGGAAGUCACAUUCCUGGCAAUGGCCGAUGCCUUAGGCUAGCCUAUAAUCCUAGCUUACGCAGUUAUGGGUACAAGGGUACAGAUUGUUCCACUAGAUACAGUUAUAUAUGCGAAAUUGCGGAAAACUCCGCAACUAACGAAUUGCGAAGAUUGGGACGUAGUCGAAAAAUUAUUGAUGAAAUGUGAUAUAUAUGUUAUUAAUUAUUAUUUAAUUGAUUAUUGUAUUUAUAUAGGAUAAGUUGGGAAUAUCAUGUUACCUUAAUUUUAGUAAGUACCUAAUGUUUUAA